GUCUAACAACACCACUACAAUAUACCUGACCAAUGCUGGAACGUGAACCUUCAUUAAUUAAGUGUUCAACAACUUUUAGAAUCAAUUUGUGUGUCCUGCUGUCAACAAAUAUUUUAUAUUUGUGUUUGUAAACGGGUGCAAUGGUUGCUUCAUCAGAAAUGCUAAUCUCUGCCGCACAGAAGUUAUUGUGUCCUCGUAAGAAACGUUGAUCUCCGUCCACAUGUCUUGAUGUGACUGUUCAAAUAAUGGCUGUGGAUCUGGGCGUCAAACCCGCGCUGCUUUACGACAGUAAUGCAGCAUCCCCGGAGCAGCUUCAGAUGUACCUCGAAUCUCUACAGGAGUCUGGAGUUGUAACCAAUCCUCUACGGAUUAUGUCCAUUGAUGAAAACGCAUUCAUUUUUAAUCCUGCCACUAUUGAGUCCCACUUGGAUGAUCUUCUCCAAAGCAAAAGUCUCCUUCUGAUUGACAUAUGUCCCUCAAUAAAACAACCUGUCUUGGUUGGCUUUGAAAAGACAACCGAGGAUAUGAUCAAAACUCUUUCAGAAUUCUUCAUGAGUGAGCUGGAGAAAGGCUCCUCAGUGAUUGUGUUGGGAGAGGAGUUGUAUAAUGACUGGAACUUGUGCACUCUUUUUGGAAUCCUGUUAGGUUACCCAGCCUCAUACUGGUUUGACCAAACUAAAGGAUUUGGGAACUGUCUGUGUAUGACACCACUGGUGGUGAGCACGGUUUGGGUCAAAUGGCAGAUAGAUGACAUAAAUCAUCGCUGUUGUCUUUACUCAUUUAGUGUUCCAAAAGAGCUCUGGUCAGAAGUACAAAGUCAUGUACAACGGUGGACUGAGCACGUGAGAGAGAGAUUUAACAAACAGCCAGUUCUGACUGAUCUCUGCUUUUCUAGAGAUACUGUCACUUUGCCCUCUGUGACCCUUUGAAUAAACCUGAUAUAUGUCUCUUGUUUAUUAUUAAGUGUGUUUUCUCAGAUAUGCAUCACCUAUUUUCAGUAUCAUUUAUGCUCUUCAUAGAUUUCUUACCAAAGCAACAUAUAAUAAUGUGUGCAUAUAAUAAAUUCAGGCAGUGAAUCUCAACCUUUUUGA